AUGACAUCACGACAUGACGAGAACCAGAAACCUAUUUUCAAGCUCAAACAAACAACAGCUACGGUGCCGAAAACCUACCACCUCCGUAUCGAAUUCUUCGAGAAUGGCAGAGCACAUGACCUCGCCUACUCUGACGACCUAGAGCCACGCGGUGUCGCCAAGGCAUGGCUAGAAUCUCUGGGUCAUUACCCACUCGGCGAUAGGGGACUGGCUUCCGCCAUUACUGACCUAAUCGUCCGCGAGAAUGGCGGCAGGAGGUUUCAGAAGUUCAGAUUCAGCGCGGAUGCUGGAAAGGAGGUCUUCUCGAAAGAGCGUGUAAUUGACGGGUUGAAGCGGAUGCUACUGUACGGAGACCGUAUUGAGGUCUUGGAGAGGGGAGAUAAAGGCGCUUCGCCGCGAAUUUGCAACGUUGAAAGCAGAAGGUGCGGAGAUGAGUACCAUAGGGCAAGUAUCUAUAGCAGCACGAAUUGUGUUGUGCCUAUCGACUUGCCAGAUAUUUCCGCGAUAUAA